AUGUAUAGCACAUAUAGUGUUUAUUUCGUGUUUUUCUUCAUCACUCAAACAUUUAGUUACACAGUGGUAGACAGAGUAUAUAAUGGCCAAGCUGUGCGCCCACAUAGUUACAAAUACUUGGUGAAGUUGGCAAUCGACACCGCCUCUAGUUGUAGUGGCUCGAUUAUACAUAAUUUUUGGAUUAUAUCUGCAUCCCAUUGUUUCACUCAUGAUAAUUUAAUGAAAGUAUCUGUAUUUCACCAUACUAACCUCAAUAAGCCGCUCGAUCAGGGAAGUCUUGUCGUUACACAUCCUAGCUAUGAUAAAAGAAUUUCUAAUAAUAAAGAAAGUGCUUACUACGAUAUUGCUUUGGUCAAGACUGUGGACUAUAUACAAUUCAAUGAAUACGUCCAACCCAUAGCUUUGGGAUAUUGGGAACCCUUUGACCAACAGGGCAAUAUAGCAGGGUAUGGCCUGACUGAACCUAACAUGACUGUACCAAGAGAAACAAAUGUUCGUAUAUAUAAGUGUUCGAGGCUAAUAUGUACAAAAGGUACAACACGUCCAGCAGGUGGAGAUUCAGGAGGACCGCUCGUAGUGUCAGACAUGUUAGUUGGUAUAAUUUGUGGUUAUGAUACAAUUAUCAAGGAGACUUAUUAG